AUGGCCGCCAUUAGAGCAUCUUCUCUUACCUUAAUUGCUUCGACUUCCUACACUACUUCUACUUCUUUGUACUGUGGUUCUUCGCUUUUUACGAGGUUUCGAUCUAAACCCAUCUGGGGUUUAUCCGUUUCCGUAGCUCCGUUGUUGUGUUCGAGAAGGGCGAGACGUAUGGCCCACUCCAUAGCCAAGGCCACCCUUGGCCUUACUCAGGCCAAUGUAGUUGAGGCCCCCAAGAUCUCCUUUGUGGCAAAAGAAAUUGAUUUAGCAGAAUGGAAGGGAGACAUACUCGCUGUAGGUGUUACAGAGAAAGACAUGGCAAAGGAUGGGAAUAAGUUCCAGAAUUCAAUUUUGCAAAAGCUAGACUCUCAAGUAGGUGGCUUGUUGUCUGAGACAUCUUCUGAGGAGGACUUCACUGGAAAGGCAGGCCAGUCGACAACUCUUAGAUUUGCUGGCCUUGGCUCUAAGAGGGUCAGUUUGGUAGGGCUAGGAUCUGCUGCAUCUCCCGCCAUUGCUUAUCGCAGUCUUGGUGAGAGUGUUGCUGCAGCUGCUAAGGCUUCUCAAGCAGCCAGUGUUGCCAUUGCACUCGCUUCCUCUGAGUUGCUUUCUGCAGAUUUGAAGCUUAGAAGUGUUUCGGCUAUUGCAUCUGGUACUGUGCUGGGGACAUAUGAAGAUAGUAGGUUCAAGUCAGAGUCCAAGAAACCAACUUUGAAAUCUGUGGACAUUCUUGGUUUUGGAACAGGGCCUGAGAUAGAAAAGAAACUCAAAUAUGCAGAAUUCGUGUCUUCUGCAGUUAUAUUUGGCAAAAAUCUUGUUAAUGCACCAGCCAACGUACUCACUCCGGCGGUAAUGGCAGAAGAGGCCAAACGGAUUGCUUCGUUGUAUAGUGAUGUUCUCACAACUACAAUCUUGGAUGUAGAGCAGUGCAAAGAGUUAAAGAUGGGAUCAUAUCUGGGUGUUGCUGCAGCUUCUGCAAAUCCUCCACAUUUCAUUCACAUAUGCUACAAGCCACUGGGUGGAUCAGCUAAAACUAAGCUAGCUUUAGUUGGAAAGGGUUUGACUUUUGACAGUGGUGGCUACAACAUCAAGACAGGGCCAGGAUGUUCAAUUGAGCUCAUGAAAUUUGAUAUGGGCGGUUCAGCUGCAGUAUUGGGUGCAGCAAAGGCUCUGGGUCAAAUCAAGCCUGCUGGAGUAGAAGUUCACUUCAUUGUUGCAGCUUGUGAGAAUAUGAUCAGUGGAACCGGUAUGAGACCUGGAGAUAUUGUCACAGCGUCUAAUGGAAAGACGAUUGAGGUCAAUAAUACCGAUGCCGAGGGAAGACUUACUCUUGCAGAUGCUUUGGUAUAUGCAUGUAACCAAGGUGUAGAAAAGAUUAUUGAUCUGGCUACUUUGACUGGGGCCUGUGUUGUCGCUCUUGGACCUUCAAUUGCAGGUGUUUUCACUCCGAGUGAUGACCUGGCAAAGGAAGUUUACGAGGCAGCUGAAGCUGCUGGAGAAAAAAUCUGGAGGAUGCCUUUGGAGGAAAGUUACUGGGAGUCCAUGAAAUCAGGAGUGGCUGAUAUGGUAAAUACUGGUGGUCGUCCAGGUGGUUCCAUCACCGCUGCUCUAUUUCUCAAACAGUUUGUUGACGAGAAGGUGCAGUGGAUGCAUAUUGACAUGGCCGGUCCUGUCUGGAAUGAUAAGAAGAAAAGCGCUACCGGAUUCGGCAUUUCAACUCUUGUGGAGUGGGUGCUGCGGCAUUCCUCUUAG